AUGUCUCGUUUUCCGUCCGACCAGUCACUUACGACAUGUCUCCAGCAACGACCCGCCAGUGCAUCGUCUAUCCGAGCUCGCGACGGGACGUUCACCCUCUUUUUGCGCGUGCAUUCUGCUCGAGGUCUGCCAGCUUUGUCGAAAAACUUUUAUUGCAAGUUGUAUUUAGGUGAUACACCGAUCACCGGUGGUUUUGGGCGAGAAACGACACUUAAGGGAGUCGACAAGGCACUAGGAGGCAGGCACCAAACCUUUCACACGAAAGUGCAGUCGAGUGCGAGUAGAGACUCUGUCGGAUGGAAUGAAAAGUUCCAGCUCAGUGUUGGUGAUCCGAGUACCGAGUACUUGACGAUUCGAGUGAAGAACCACAUUAUGUUCUAUAGUCCGGCUGUCGGGGCGUCGGUCGUUUGCUUGCGGCAAUUGUCCCUUGGGUCCACCGUGGACGAAUGGUUUCCAUUAAAGAAAAACACUAGAGCUUCUGGCCAGAUUCGACUGCAGCUCUGUCUGAUGGGAACAGCACGAGCGCCAGGACGUCGGUACUCCCAAGCGAAUGUCGAGACGAUUCAGAGGUCGAUGCUUCGAUAUCACGAUAUAGAAGAAGCUAAUCGGCAGGAAUCUGAUACGUAG